AUGGAAGCCGCAAGGAAUUUCAUCCGUGAAUGUGUCGCUGCCUCAAAACCUACCCUCAUUAUUCCUGACAAGGACGUCGACGGUCUCACUUCUGGGGCCAUACUCAGAAAGACACUGAUAUUAAUGGGUCUCGAUCCCGAGUUGAUAUCAGCCUACGUGAUGAAGAAAGGCCUCAAUGUCCACGACGAAGAAUCGCGCAGAGACAUGGCUUCGUACAAACCUUCAUUCAUAUUUGUCCUCGACCAAGGAUCACGGGAAUCACCGCCUGUCAUCGAUGAACCUCAUCGAGCUUUGGUAAUCGACCACCAUUACGCCGAAGAAAAGGACCACCCCAAGGAUGCCACUUUCGUCACGGCAUGCAACAGUCCGCCUGUAGCCACCAGCUCGUUGCUCACCUACCUUAUCUGUCGCGACUUACAUCCUGACGUUGAAGAGACGUGCAACUGGCUAUGUGCUAUGGGCGUACAUGGGGAUCUGGGCAAUGCUAUCAAGUGGGAACCCCCAUUUCCUGAUUUCAAAGCCAUGUUCAAAAAAUACACCAAAAAGGGUAUCAACAGCGCUGUAUCUUUCAUCAACGCUCCUCGGCGGACCGCAGCUUAUGAUGUGCCUGGGGCGUGGGAAGCGUUAGCAGAAGCCUCAGCCCCCAUUGACAUCAUGAAGAACGAGUCGUUAGGUGCAGCGAGAAAGGAGGUCAACGAAGAAGUCAGGAAACAUGCUCGUGUACCACCAAGGUUAUCGUUGGACGGCAGAAUCGCAGUGAUUCGCAUCAAAUCCGAGUAUCAAAUACAUCAGGUCAUUGCGACGCGCUGGGCUGGCCACUUGACUUCACCCAAGCUUGAGGUGAUACUCGUAGCCAACUCAGGCUAUCUUCCAGGCUUGGUCAACUUUUCGUGCCGUGUCCCGAGAUGUGCCAGAGGCAGGGUCCCCCCUGUCAAUAUUAUCGAAAUCCUUCGUAAAGAAGCGUUGCGGGCAAAAGACCCAACUUUGACGAAGCGUUUGGGAGAGUCGUUCGCCCGUGGACACAAGGAAGCAAGCGGUGGUGUUGUUCCCAAAGCCGAGUUUGAGGAGUUGAUGGAAGCGUUGUUCGUCCGUGACAAAGCUCCUGCUUCUCCAAGGCAACGGCAGAAGCAAGGAAAUAAUACCCUCUUGAAUUAUUUCGAAAGAGGUUAG